CACUCAUUCGCGUUUUUGUACGAAAUGAAUGAAUAUCUGGCAACAAUAAUGAUCGCAACAUAGCAACAAAUCGAACGAUUCUUUGUAUUAGCAGUAAAUUUUUAUAUUUAAAGCAGUAAAUUUGUGUUUUUGAAACAGCAUUCUUCUUCUUUCUAAUUUAAUGGCACCCAUUACAUAUGGCGAACGCCAACGAUACGGCCAGUAUCAAAUGUGACGACUUGUAAACAAUGAAGAUGAUGAAAUUGAGAGCACCCGAUCUGAAACACGUUCCCCGCGGUCGAGUGGUUCUUCGGAACUUUGAAACAGCAUUAAUAGAGCAUGAAAAAUAUAAUAUCGAUGCGCAUGUCGUAUUGCAGUUUUCGCGGCUGUGACAGAUUUCCUAACCUGAAUAGUCAUAAACUUUAACGAUUAAUAUCUCGGUUUGUGGGACACAGCGGGACGUUUUUCUACUAGAUUCAUUCAUUUCGUACAAAAACGCGUCGAAUGAGUGUAUUUUUAUCAAAAUUUGAGAUAUAAAAUUAUAUUGUGCCAUGGCAACCAAGGAAGAAGUAAACAGUACAACUACUGAUGCAAAGAUUGAAGAGACGCCAGAUAAUUCAACAACAGAAGAUCCACCAACUAGUUUAGAUACCAUCCCUGAGGGAAAUGCACCACGAAAUGAGCUUCAAACAGCGCCAAAAGACAAGUCAAAGAUUGAUAUACUACUGAAGGCUACUGCCAAUGCUCCGAUUAUGAAACAAAAGAAAUGGUCAGUUUGUCAAGACAAUCCUAUUGGACGGAUCUCGGAAUUCAUAAAAAAAUAUCUCAAGCUGGAUCCUAACGAGAGACUGUUUCUCUAUGUCAAUCAGACAUUUGCACCUGCUCCAGAUCAGACAGUCAAGAAUUUGUAUGAUUGCUACGGUGCUGACGGAAAGUUGGUUAUACAUUACUGUAAGAGUCAAGCAUGGGGCUGAGAUUUGUUAAAAUUAGCUUGCCAAUAUUAAUUUUCUCCGACAAAGAAUAACAUAUAAGUUGACAUGAGAAACACAUUGUGAUAAUUCUAGUUUUCUAUUUAUUAUAUAAUUUUAAGUUUUUAACUUAUGUUUAAUAUAAUUGUAAUUACAA